AUGAGUAUUUCCCGGGAUUCGCGACACAAGCGGUCGGCUAGUGGAGCCAAGCGAGCUCACUACCGAAAGAAAAGAAAAUUCGAACUCGGUCGUCAACCUGCUAUGACCAAACUCGGUGCCAAGCGUAUUCACACAGUCCGUGUCCGUGGUGGUAACAUCAAACAUCGUGCUCUUCGACUUGAGAGUGGUAACUUUGCUUGGGGAUCUGAACGUGUGACCAAGAAGACACGAGUCAUUGGUGUCGUCUACAACUCGACAAACAACGAGUUGGUCCGAACAAACACCUUGGUCAAGGGUGCUAUCAUUCAGAUCGAUGCUACUCCUUUCCGUCAGUGGUAUGAGGGUCAUUAUGCUCAGCCAGUCACAAAGAAGGGAAAGCCAACCGCCGCUGGAACUGAGGCUGAGGCUCCCAAGGAGAAAUCCAAGGCUGUCUUGAAGAAACUCGAACAGCGAAAAGCCACUGCCAAGAUUGAUCAAAUGUUGGAGACUCAAUUCCAAGCUGGUCGUCUCUACGCCUCUAUUUCAUCUCGACCUGGUCAAAGUGGUCGAUGCGAUGGUUACAUUCUUGAGGGCAAGGAACUCGAGUUCUACUUGCGACGAUUGAGGAGUCACAAGCAAAAGCACGCUGCAUGA